AGGUCUGCCAUCUCAAGCAUUGGUAGUAAGUUGCAGCAAAAGGCAAAAGCCUGUGUAGCACCUAAAAUCUGUGCGGGAAGAGGAUUGCGUAGCCGCAGCAGGGCCAUACCUGAGAAUGACGGAAUCAAUACCAUUCAAGAACCUCCAUAACAGAGAAUACCAUGGCCACAAGAAGAAGGUUCAUUCUGUAGCGUGGAAUUGCAUUGGCACUAAACUAGCUUCAGAAUCGGUUGAUCAAACUGCUUGUAUUUGGCAUAUUGAUCCCCAUGGUCAUGCCAAGGCAAAGGAUAUUGAAUUAAAAGGCCAUACUGACAGUGUUGAUCAAUUAUGUUGGGACCCUAAGCAUGCUGAUUUAAUUGCAACAGCAUCACUUGACAAGACAGUUCGAUUGUGGGAUGCUCGCAGUGGCAAAUGUUCUCAACAAGUUGAAUUAAGUGGGGAAAAUAUAAAUAUCACUUAUAAACCUGAUGGUACACAUAUAGCUGUUGGCAACAGGGAAGAUGAACUUGCAAUAUUGGAUGUCCGCAAAUUCAAAGCUAUACACAAGCGCAAGUUCAACUAUGAGGGAGGGUGUCGGGCUGUCGUUCUGGGGUUGGACCGUCUGUGGCGUGUCCAUAGGGAGGGUGUCGGGCUGUCGUCCGUGACUGGUGGGACGGGUCUGGGGUUGGACCGUCAGUGGGACAGGAGCAUGUGAGCCUGGGCUUGGAGGAAAAAUAGGGGUUAUAGGAGAGGGUGACGGGAGGGAUGACAAUUUGGGAUAUGGAAACUGAUCCUCGACGAACCGAACAUGACGAGAGACAUAAACUUUUUGAGACACGGGUUCAUAGCAUUUAUACCCUUUAGUGGUGGGGUGAUAUCCUAAGAAGACACAAGGAGUGGAGCGUGGUUGAAGUUUGUGGUGA